AUGAAGCUAUAUUUUUCACUCAAUCUCUUAUGCUUUGCUGGCACCGCCCUCUGCGCCGCCAUCUCUGUUCGAGAAGACAACCCCGUCCCACCGAACUUUUGCUGCUUCCACCUGCGAGACGUCAUCAGCGGCCAAAAUGUUCGGCAAAAUUCCCAGACCGGCGAACUCUUCCUGAACGACGCUAUUCUCCCCCAGGGCUGGUACUGCAUCAAUCAGAACUACGAUUCAAAGGUCCUCUACGACCGCGACAACAACGCCUGCAUCCAGACCUCACCAGGCAACGAGUUCCAGUGCCUCGACGGCACCCCGGGCGGCGACACAUGGGAAGUGGCCUCGGAUGGCCAAGGCCCCUACCUGAAAGACUAUGGCAACGCGGUUUUUAGUAUCUGCAACGUCAACGGCCGGCAGCAAGUCUUUGGCCCCAGCCCUCCGGGAGGUCUCAGCUGCCAAAUGACAAUUUUGCGGGUUCAAGACCGCGCCGGCCAGUGCAAGUAG